UUCAAACCAAUCCCAGCUCGCUUUCGCUCUCCUCCGGCCGGCUCAGGAGAUGGCCCAAUAGAGAGGCUCGGGCUCUUUUCUCAAAAAGAAGGAGGAGAGAAGCAGAGCAGCUCUCUUACUUCAAGGGGCUGCUGGCUGUUGCUUAGCUUUCCUGCCGCCGUUGGGAGAUUCAGUGUCACUUCAGUGUUACUUUCCUCGGCGCGAUCCAAUCUCUCCCCUUCUGUGCCUGGAGCGAGCGAGGGAGUCAAAUUGAAGGGAGUUUCGCAGAUUCAGAUUGUGUGAAGAUGAAUAGGAAAGUGCAGCAAGCAUGACAUCUCUGGCCAACAUCGUUCCUUCCCCACAGUCUGAGUGGGUCUCCUUCAGUGACGGACUUCACCGUUCUGUUACUUCCCAAGGUUAUACUAGGAAGCCAGUUGAGAGAUUUCUUUCCUCCUCUGAUACUUCCUCUGAAGGCAACCAAAAUCUAGAUGGAGAACUGCCAAGUCUUUCACAUGCUGAAUUGGGAGAAAGAAUAAACAAAACAGCUGUAGGCCUUGAUCUGUCUUCAUCCUUCAGCACUUGGGUCCAGUUUGAAGAUGCACCCUGGACCAACAGUUCACCAGAGCAUCCACGUACAGCCUCAUCUCCAAAAAUAUUUUGUUGGAUGUGUCCCUCCUUGGAAUAUUCAGAGAGACAACCUCUUACUUCAGAGAGCAGUUGGACAACUACUUCAGAGAACAGUAGCAGCCCAAGUAUCACCCCUUCCUACACUGAUCUUCAAUCAAUAAAUACGGAGGAUUUGACUAGUGGAAGAGCAUCUGCUGCAGACUCAACUGACAAUUCUUCAUCUCUUCUUGAAGAUGAGGAGCUAAGUAUGGAGGCCACCAGCUGGCAGCUGAACAACACAUCCAUUAAUGGCCAUGUUGAAAGUGCAACCACAGCCCGUUUCCCCAGCUGGGUGACUUUUGAUGACAAUGAAGUUAGUUCCAUUUCUCCAAUAACUAUAUCUCCUUUGAAACAAGAGUCCUCAUCAUUAUCAGAAGGAGCAGCAACUACACAGGUCAUAGAUGUGAAUACUAGUACCCCUUUAUCCUUUAAAAAAAGGGAGCGCCCCAGGAGCACCUUGAGUGAUUUUUCUAAAGUUCAGAAGCUAGAUCUUUCUUCUAUCACCUCGGUGCCAUCAGUUAGUGGAACACCCCCCUGGAGUGCUACUAAUCCAUUCCUGGAUGUAUCACUAAAGAAUGUUCAACCUUCUCCUAUCAAUCCAUUCAGUUCUUUCUUUGAGGAAAGGGAUAGGCAUUCCCAAGGCAACUCUGUCACUGGAAACACUAGUAAAAACCAGAGAGAUUCUCUUCUUAUCCUUCAUCAGGAACCUGAUUCCAUCAGCUUCAAUGAGCCAAGUACACACCUUAGACAUAGAGAUGCUAUUGAGCAACUCAAGCAGCUCCAUAUUGGUGAUCCAGAUCAGCAGGACAUUCUCAGUUUGCCAGAUGAUGACCCCACAAUCUCCACUGAGCUCUAUAAUACUUUGUCCACUUUGGGACCACCUCAUCAAAAAGAUGGCUGGCCAAUGAUGCUGAGGAUACCAGAAAAGAAGAAUAUAAUGUCUUCUAGGCACUGGGGUCCAAUAUAUGUCAAACUGAAAGAUAGAAAAUAUUUACAGCUCUUCUAUGAGAAAGGACUGGAAAAGCCUUUUAAGGAAUUCAAGUUUGAAAUAAAUCAUGAGGUUUCAGAACCCAAGCUUCAAAAUUAUGAUGAAAAUGGGAGGAUACACAGUGUGAGAAUAGACCGUGUCACUUACAAGGAAAAAAAGAAAUACCAACCAAAGCCAGCUGUUUCUCACAUAGCAGAAAAGGAACAGGUUAUUAAGCUAGGCACCACCAAUUAUGAUGAUUUCCUUAGCUUUAUCAGGGCUGUUCAGGAUUCAUUGAUGGAUUUGCCUGCUUCCUCAACAGAUUUAAGUACAGUAGGACUUAAUUACCAAGAGGAGGAAAUCACUGUUGAUGUAAAGGAUGAAUUCUAUGGAAUUUUGGCCAAAGGAGACAACAGGAUCUUGCAGCAUAAUGUAUUGACACGAGUGCAUGUGCUCAGUUUUCUUUCGGGACUGGCAGAGUGUAGGCUGGGCCUCAACGACAUUCUUAUUAAAGGGAAUGAAAUUGUUUUGCGGCAGGACAUCAUGCCCACCACCACUACCAAGUGGAUUCAACUGAAUGAUUGCCAUUUCCAUUCAUGUGUGGAUGAAGAGGCAUUUGCCAGUGCCCAUGUCAUUAUGUUUAACCCUUUGGAUGCUUGCCGAUUUGAACUGAUGCGCUUUAGGAGUGUGUUUUCUGAGAAGACCAUGCCUUUUACUUUAAGGGUUACGGCUAGUGUCAAUGGUGCAGAGGUGGAGCUUCAGAGCUGGCUGAUGAUGUCACCAGGGUUCUCAUCCAACAGAGAUCCUCUAGCUCAAGUCCCCUGUGAAAAUGUGAUGAUUCGUUAUCCUGUGCCACAUAAGUGGGUGAAAAACUUCCGGAGAGACAGUGUCCUUGGGGAGAAGUCCUUGAAAGCGAAGGUGAACAAAACUGCUAACUUUGGAUCUACCAGCGUGUCUGGUUCUGAGCCAGCAAUGAGGGUAACACUAGGAACUGCAAAAUACGAGCAUGCUUUCAAUUCAGUUGUGUGGAGGAUAAAUCGCCUGCCUGAUAAAAAUUCUGCUGCAGGUCAUCCUCAUUGCUUCUUUUGCCACCUGGAACUUGGUUCAGACCGGGAAGUGCCUUCUCAUUUUGUCCGCUAUGUGGAUGUAGAUUUUGAUAUGCCAGCCAGUUCAGCAUCCAAAGCUGCUGUUCGGUCCAUCUCUGUGGAGGGCAAGACUGAUGUGAGGAAGUGGGUGAAUUAUGCAGCACAUUACAGUUAUAAGGUUACUGGCUCCUAGUUGCAAAUUCCCAUGUCAUGUUUCUUCACCACAUAGCUCAAGUUUUGCACUUUGUUCCCUGGAUCAGUUAUGAGAAGUCUCCAAAUCAAGGACCAACAAUAGAUACCACCAAAGAAGCUACUGUCCUACUGCCAUGACUCCAUAUGUUUCAGGUGUUUGUACACACGUUUUUCUCUGUAUUGUGAGUCUUCUUUUUCCCCAACUACUGGAUCAUAUUAAAUUACAACUUCAGUUGUUUACUUCACCAAAUUGGCUUUAUACCUCUUCGUUUAUUUGAACAUUAAAGAGCUCAUUCCCUUCAUGGUGGUAAAGAGCAGAAAUAUUUUUUGAGGCAUUCCCCUUAUGCAUCCUUUGCCAAUGCGUGUCCUCACCACAUAUAGUGGGAUAGCCCAUCUCUAGGGCAUCUGUAUCCUAGGAGCUUGGUUUCUUGUGACAGCAAAGAAACCCUCAAGGUUCUUGCAGUUUGGAAGGCAUUGGAAGUGUUCCUGUGGUCACACUGUCCAUAUAAUAUUGACCAUUCUGCAAUAAUCUAAAGCAUAAACAAAAAUGUAGCACAAAGUUUCACCCUUUUUAAAAUUGUCAAUUAAAGUUCAGGUGUUUUUUUGCCAAAAAGAAAAUACUUUUUAUUAAUUCAUUUUCAAAUUGAUAUACAUAAAAUAAUAUAAAAUAAAAAUGAGUAAUGCACCAUAUACAAAAACAAGAAAGAAAAACACUACACAAGAAAUUACAUAAAAAGAACAAUAAAAUAUCCUGUAAUUACAGUUACUGUAUAUCCCAAGUACAUCAGCUGUUGUUAGUCUUCAAAAGGAAAAACUAAA